CGUAAACAUCUCGGUUGCAUCCACUCCGACUAUCUGCCAAUAGGGUAUUAAAAACUACAUGGCAACUCCUCUUUUCGGUAUUCAGCCGAACCUAGGUUUCAUGGCGUGCGGAGAACAUGGACGCAAUGAGCUCUGCGACUUUUAGUACGGUGGAAGAGCAUUGUGAUACUGCGGAGGUUUCAGCGACGCGACCUGCAGCGUGUUUUGGAAAUUGUGCUGCAUGCGGAACAAAACUGGUACCAGACGGAUGUCCUCAACUUUUACCAUGUUUACACUCCUUGUGCCAAAAGUGUGUGUGUGUGGACCGCAGGGAGUGUCCAGUCUGUGGUGCAGUGUACACUCCUACAGAAGUUAUCGAUAAUCUCUUCUUCAAGAAAUCCCAGCAGACCACUCAGUGUGGGGGCUGCGGGGGAGCGGGGGCCGGGGGCUGGUGCGUCGAGUGUGGGGAGGCUCUCUGCCCCGAAUGCGUCUCCGCCCAUAAGAGGGUCAAGGUGACCCGCGAACACGCCGUCCUGCCGCAGAAGCCCCCCACAGUCUCUGCGCCCACGUUGUACUGUUCGACGCACAGGGAAGAGCGGGUGAAGCUCAUCUGCCAGUUGUGCGAUCAGGCGACCUGCCGCGAAUGUCAGCUGACCUUGCACAGGAACCACAGGUUUCAGUUUCUCCAUGAAGCUGUUGCAGAGGAGAAGGGUCAGAUCAGGUCUGUGAUGGAGGACCUGAGGCUGCAGAGGCAGGAAGUGAGGAGAAGCCUGUCGGACCUGGACAGGAGGCUGCUGGACGUGAAGGACCUCCAUAACAAACUGAACGGGGAACUGCGGGACACGAUCCUGAGGGUUCGGGACGCCCUGCUGAAGCGAGCCAUGACCCUGGCUGCGGAAGUCCAGGAGCAGUGUGGCUCAGAGAAGAGGAGUGUUCUGGAGAGACAGGAAGUGCUGAAGAAACUCGAGGAGAGGCAGACCUACCUCCUGUCCUUCACAGAGAGAGCCCUGGACACAGAAGGCUACUCGACACUGCUGUCCUGCAGACGGAAGAUACAGUCGCAGCUGCGGGACGUCAUGUCUCACGCCGUCUCCCCGGGAGACUGCAUGAUGAACCUGACCUUCCACUGCGCGCAGGACACCUACGGUCACAUGGCCACGUUCGGUCAAGUUGUGGUUGAAAAGGUCCCUUUUGCUUGUACAAAUAAUGAAAAUGCUAUCGGAAAGAAUCCUCAUCUACACAAAAACCAGACUCUUAAUAGCCAAGUCUUCUUCACCACCGAAACUCCACCCACAUCCUCUCCCAACCCUCCUACUUACUGUGACAACUCUCUCACUUCCUCUCAUAAAUCUGCUGCUUCUGCCCUUUCUGCUUCUUUCCAAACUUCAAGAACUUUAAACUCUAACACUUCCACUCACGAUUUGACAAUUUCCUGUCACAACCUUCCCACUCUUAGUUCUUCCCAAAUUCAAACGGCAUUCUCUCACAUCUCAACUACUUCCUCUGGCAACCCUCCCACUUCCUCUGGCAACCCUCCCACUUCCUCUCUCAACCCUUCCACUUCCUCUGGCAACCCUCCCACUUCCUCUCUCAACCCUUCCACUUCCUCUGCUAAGGGUCCCAGUCUUUCUCAGAUGCUGUGCCCUUCUUCCUACAGACCUAUCGGAACCCCAGCUGUCUCCCACACCGCAAUUUCUCCCUGUCACAGCAUAGCUGAUAUUUAUAACUCUAACCUCUCUUCCCGGGCAGUUAUGCUGCCUUGCCUCCUUUCUACCUUCCCCCUCUCCUUACCUGUCGCUUUGUACUCUGUCUCCUUGAACGCUGCCCCCACGAUCCCCAUCCCUCUCACGCCAAAUGGUCAAAUGGCUAAUGCCAACACUCCUGCCAUACAAACGUCUGCCAGCAGUCCUUGCAGCCAAAUCUCACAGACCGUUGCACAGGCAGCCAUUCUCCCAGAAGCUCAAGGCUCGAGUGAGUCUAUGCCGUUGGACACAGUGGUCGGUCUUGCCGCGUCCACAGAAGACCAGACUGCCAACGGAACUUUCCUGGCGCCCCCUGUGAAAGCGCUGGCAGACUCCCCGUGUGAGAGGACUCCCCCUGCUGGUGGUGCGCAGGAAGAACCCGUGAACCCUGCUGCCGCUGAAAAUGAGCCCACGUCCACCGUGGUGGAGGCGGACAUCACAGAGUGUGCUGGGGACCCCAGCGAGGAGGCGACACCUACAUCUGAUACCAGUUCGGCAUGUGAGAUUGCUUCUUCCAGAGCCACUGAUGACUCAUCAGUCAAUGGGCUGUCAGUCAGUUCCUUGGAUUCAGCUGGGGUAGACCUCCAGAUGCCUGCCUGCUCUCCAGGUAACACUGGAUCAAGCCCCCAAAACCCCACCCAAUUUGAGUUGGGGGACCAGGGUGACCUCUUCAGAUGUCCUGUGAAGGAAGAUGACAACAAUGACAAAGAGACAAACCUUGCAAAUGAGGGUGACGAUCAGAAACCCAAGAAGGCAGAUAGGAGACCAGCCCUUGUGCCCUGUUUGAAAGUGCUGGCAGACUUCCUGGCCCAGAGGCCUCCCCCUACAGGCAGGAAGAAACAUGCAAACCCUGCUGCCGGAGAUACCGGGCGCGCCUCCACCGUGGCGGAGAUGGACAGCGACAAAACCUGCGUGGGAGCCGUUGUGGAGGUCGUACGGAAAACAGAUGCAGACUCAGCAGGCAAGACAGAUUACAGCAAUGACAUGGACUGGCGAAUCAGCCACAGUGAGGAGACUGAAGGCUUGGACAUCAAGAGUUUUCAGGAGCCCAGGGAAGCAGACAAAAGGCCCUUGGUUCCCAGAGUCUCUUUGGUGCGGCUACCCGUCUACCUCCCCCCACCGGGUUGCCCCCUGCCCCAGUUCCGCCUCGUCCCCAGCGCCAACAAACAGGAAGUUCACCUGGAGCAGAUACUCGAGGAGGACCAGUCAUCAUUGACAAAAUGCCCGAGUCAAAAGUUGUGCCGCAUACGAUGGCCUUUGAAAAGGAAAGACCCUCCCCUCAACUGUCCAGCUACCACCUCCAAAAGAGCCAAAUCCAUGAACGUGCAGGGUACCACUGGGACUCCUCCGGAAGACUACCAUUGGAAUAUCACGGAGGAGAUCAGAGAGGAGUGUGAUAAAGCGAGACCGAGCGAAGACCGCAUCAAAAGGGUCCUGAAGGAGACCUUCAAGACCAGAAGGACCUGGAUUGACGGACAGCCUCCUGGCAAACUCCUGCCCAUCUGCAAACCCUACCCGUGCUUCAGAUUGGGAACGUUCAUCAUGUAUGAGUUUGCCAUGCUGCUGGGGGGGAAGAAAUUUGAUGCCAUUCCACAGAGAGCUGAAAAUUUCCUCAAUGUAAUGGAGUCUAUGAUGGGAGCACAGAAAGAGGGUGAGCUGAGGAUGCUUCCUGUGCUGUCGAUGAUUGAGGAAAACACAAAAUUUGAAAGGGAAAUUUCUGCGUCUGUGAUUACUGUAUGCAAGGCCGCGUCUCCCGGCGACUUACAGCUGAACUCCCGAGAAACGCACCCUCCCCGGCUCGUCCUCCACGUCACCGACGACAGCCUGCUGGACGCUUUCAUCGUGGGGGACACAGUGAUCGCACGCGCCCAGGCCAACACGGUCCUGGAUGCCGUGGUCACCUUGCUGGCAACAUACUACACGUUUCACUUACAGUAUCCGCGAAUAUACUCGCAGGCACUCGGGUUCCUGCAACACCAUCUGUUGGGCGAUAUGUAUAUAGGGCCGAAAUCGAAUAGGUUCAGGUUGCUCUCUAGAGAGUUUGUAAAGUGCAGGAAAAAGCCACAAGGACCCCGAACAAAAAUUCUUAGAUGUACGCUUCAGAUGUGCAAUGACUGAGAAGUGUCAAGUGCCAUGGGUGUCUCUUUUUGAAGAUUUUUAAACUUAGGCUAUAUGGAAUUGCCUUUGUAAAUGGUUUGUAAAUAAAUGUUUCAUUAAUUUGU